GUGCGUGCACGCUGCAUCGUACACGAGGACAAAAGCCACUAUCCGUCGCGGUCUUCGUUAUUCUUCGACCUCGAAAUAAAAUUAACCCUCAACUAGGAGAAUCAUUUAUCCGGAGGAUGGUGAUCGAUCCUUAGCUCAAAUUUCGAGAAACGAAAGUAUCUCGAUGAAACCUGUGCAAGGAAGGAUCUCCAUUCAGCCGAGUGGAUGCAGGAGAAACCAUACGGGAGAAAGCAGUGCAUACCAUCUGUUCGAUACGACUUCCUUCACGAAAAUAUUUCCACUCCUCGCGAGCGCAUCGUAAACUUUAUAUACCGACUUUUAAAGUAGAAAAUACUUGUGACAAAAGUGUCUCUUCUAUCGCGAUGCCUGAAGAAUAGGUAGAUGAGAUUCCAAAGGAUCGAGCGAGGUACACGAAAGAAGAAGAAAAAGAAGACGUUCUACAGGAAGGAAUCUUCUCGCUGGCUUCGAUGUCGGUGAAUAAAAACCCACGAAGAGACACGCGAGAAGAAGAAGAGAAGUGAAGCGAAGCGGACCAAUGGCCGCUUCUCAUUCGUAAUUCAAACAACGUCUCGUUCACAGAUGAAUGAGACUUCGGCAACACGGGAAGCAUAAAAAGCUCGCGAGACGAUCUGUAACCUGCUCCUCAUCUACGUGGAGGUGCGUUCAAAUACGUCCUUCUCGAUUCUCUUCCCUCCGAAAAUCAAACUUUCAACUAAAAUUCGAAUCUUCGAAAUUCAUCGAUCUUCUCCCAUGGAAAAAUCAGCCGUGGAAAAAGCGAAGGAAAAUAAUUGGAAAAGGAAAGCAAAGGGUGUCUCGCGUGCGUGUUGCACAUUAACGACACACAUGCUGGAAAGUCGCAACCUCAUGGUAGGUGGUUGAUGAGCAUAUAAUGGCGAAGGGAGGCUGAAGGGCGGCUUUCAGGGCGAGGCUAGACAGGUACUUAUAUUUACACAAGCCGCACGGACAUCUGUUGUGUACAGGUAGUAUGGGUACACAUGAAACCACACAUACACGCAUAUAUGCUUUCCGUUAAAUCACACAUGUCAGAGCUUUAAAACGUUCCUUUAAGUCUAGGAGGGAAUAUCAGUAUAAUUUAUUGUAAUUUAAUAAUGAAAGGAGACAAAAUUUUCUUUCUUUCAAAUCUGCCACUUUGAAGGAUUGCUACGUAUAUUAGAAACGAACGAUAUUUUUGCUUUGUUGCAUCGGACUGGUCGACUCGUUGUAACGACGUUGCUUCCAAUUGCUGGUCAUAUUCUAACGGAUAACCUACAUUCCCGUCGAACUGAUACGCUCAUGGCCGUGUCCACGUGGAUUAGCCAGGGUCCCUUUCGUAUGCAACUUUCGUCGCUUCUUUUCCUCGUACACCUCUUUAUUCGCGUGUAUCUCUCUACCACACGAGAAUGUAUCGCGUCUGUAUACUCGGUCAGAUAUGGUACGUAAAUACCACGUACGUAAGUAAGUGGGUCUCGUACCGUUGUCUCGCGUUUCAGUCAAACGACCCGAAGGGGAAUCAUAGAAUUGUCCGCGAAUAAAAGCUUCUCGAACAGGUAUAUACCUGCUGAUGUCCCAUCGUCCAUUCAGACGAUUCUAAUUUUGACUGAUUUAUUGGCGUUUCCCUUUUUCUUUUUUGUCUCGACUCUUGUUCGUUUCCUCGAAAGUGCUUUCAAUAGCUAAUGGGCGAUCGACGGUUCAGAAAGCGUUCCCGAUGACGGAGCCUGUUGAAACGAGUCUCGAAUUUUGGUUCGUUCGAUUAUUUUAUUUGCCGGCCAAGUAUCGAAGAGUGCUCUCGAUUUUUUUUGCGAAAGAUAAACACACCCGUGAAAUUCGUAUCGAGCCAUUUUUCAGAAUUCUUUGUGCAAAUAAGGGGACGGGUAAUGGCAAAUAUUGGACAGUGAUUUCAUGAUUUAAGGCAGUGAUGCUGAGGACUAUCGUGCUAUAAAUAUUUCUAUUUCCAUUUAUGGAAAUCGUUAACAUUAUUCGGUUUAGAAAAUAUCUAUAGUAUUGAUAAAAUAUUAGGAACGUUAAUCCGUUACUGCUGAAUAUGUCGAGGGUAAUCGCUGAUAAGGAAUAGAAUUUAUAGAGCAAGGUAUUAAAGUAUUACCCGGUUGAAAUUGGCGAUCGUUUAAUGGUAACGUUUCGUUUCGAGUCUACCCAUUUUUCGUCGAUAUUUCGUUCAGAGAAAGGAGAAGUUUCUGGGUAGCGUUCGAUUUUUAUCAGUGACGAGACUUUGACCUAAUCCCGGACCGGAUGGACCAACGGUGACAUCACCGUUCAAACAUGGGCGAGGAGAAGCAAACAAGAGCGAUCUAAUCGCGUGCGUCACUUAUCAGCUUCGAAGCUGAAAGAGAAGUUAUUGACGAUGCAGCAUCACUCUGCUGAUUCCAGGACUUUCCUGUGGGAACAGCUUAUCAACGAGGCCCACCACGGGAACGUCCGCAUCGGAUCGGCUUGGCCACGAGACCACGCGGUCGCCAUCGACAGGUUUCCGUCCCGGAAACCGUGGUCGACCAGCUCCGACCUUCCCUUCUCUCUUCCUCUUUCGAUUCCUCUCUGACUAACACUCGAUUCGCUUGAAACUGGGAACAAGAGGAAAUCGAUAGCUCGUCUUUUUUUCUUUCUGUAAAACUUUAUUUCGAAAACCAUUCACCGUCGUUCGGGUCGACGAGAAAUCGUCUGGAAAAUUCCCAAUCGUAAUAAUGCAACAAUUCCUAUAGAAGUAACCCUCGAAUUCUUAUACCUAAGCCAUUAAGGGUAUCUCCUCUCUAAUCGCGACCCUUUAAGCUGUAAACGGCGACUUUCGUUCGCUAAUCUCGAAGAGUUUCCUAAACGAAGCACGGCAAUUAGUCUCGCAGUACAAUCUGAGAAACGUCUAUCGGUAACGGCAUCGGGAUUUCGAUUUUCCAAUGUUCCAUUUGCGAUCAAAAUUAUCAAAAACUUUCGAUGUGACACAAGUACCAUAUAAAACACCUUGUCAUUGUAAUUAUCAUAAUCCUUCGUCAAUUAUUUGAUUUCCUUAUCUGUUGUGUAUCUCGUCUUAAUUAGCUUGACUCGCAAACAAACGUUGUACGGGGUGCCAUUAAAUUUUGAUGAAAUUCUCUGAGUGUAGUUGAGAAAAAUCACGAACGUACCGAAGAUUCAGGGGGAAGAAGCGACGUCGAGACGUCUAGGUGGUGCCAUAAUGUCAUCAGCAUCGUCUGGGAGACGUCAUUAGCCAUUCGAAGAUCGUCCAUUGGUUAGCCGUUUCGGAAACCUUCCUUUAUGGCGUGCUAAUAACGUGAUUGCGGAUUAAGCAGCUUUUCACUGACUUAUUCAACGAGGCUCGUUGGCCAGAAACUUGUUAAUCCCUUUUAUUACGAAGGUCGUUUUAUACCGAUCCAACCCCUGGAACAAGGGAAUGGAUAUCACAGAGUUUCCCAGAAUCGCGAUUCUCCAGUUAACAAUAUUUGCAAAUGGAAAUUUUCUCGUGUACCGCUUUUAAAAAAUUCGUCAACUAUGAUAUAAUAUUUGGAAAGAUAAUUGGACCACGCGUUUGAAGGGAUAGCAAAGAGAAAAAUUAACAGACUCUCUCGUUUUUGCAAAUAUUAUCAUUCAAAGAUCUGCGACUCCGCUCGAUAACAGAGUUAUUUGCUUAUGAAACCUCUUGUUUUAUUCAUUUUCGCAAAUACUAUCAUUCAGUAGGAUUUUGUACAUUUGCAGAAUGAAAGACGGUAAUCCCUCGUUUUAAUUGUUCCUACAAACAUUGUCAUUCGUGUGAUUUGUCUUACAAAAGUUUAACCCUCAUCUUGGUACACUUGUGCUACGGUAAUCAGUCGAAUGAAAUAUAAAUUCCAAAGGAUUUGAAUGGCAGAACAGCGUGUCCCAUCUUUCUGGAAUUCUCCUCGACUUGAUUGCGUACCAAUAUUCCUGUCGUUAUGCCUAGAAUCGCUCAGGUAUGGAGACAGGUAUGACCGAGUCCCUUGGUUAAUUCCACGUGAAAGGCAAGCCGCGUUGAACACGUAAAUUAUACACAGCGUUACCGUUUCCCCAAAUAACCGACCCGUAAUUCUGCUCCUUUGUGUUUUAUUUUCUCGCACUACCAUCCCCUACAAAUCCUUUUGUUAUUGUUAAAAACAGUAUUGUAACGCGACGAUCAAGCGCGAGUUACUCAGUUUCUGUGUUUCGCUCGAGAAACUUACGAUUAAUAAUGAUUCAAUUUUCGAAGUCACUGACUCGGAAGCGAACCUUCUCGCUUUCAGGUAGAAGAGGAAACGGUUAAAAGUCAACUACCAUCCUGAUCUUUUCCUUUUUUUCUUCCGGGAUUCAAUUUGACUUCCGACAGGUCCAGGCGCGAGAUAUAAAUGACGAGGGUAGCUUCUUUCUUCAUCCCUUUUCUUUUCGUCUCCAGGUCACGAUGGACCAUCUGGACAUCGCGGUCAAUCUCUUUACCCUUCGUUUUUAUAUAAUGAACGAUACUUGACGAAAUCGUCUCAGGUAAGCGAUAUUAACAUACGGCCAGCCUGGACACCUCUCGGAAAACGUUACGGGGUAGUUGCUCGUUGUUUCGUCCGAUGGUCCUAAUGUCUCGGGGUACAAUAAUACCCGGAGUUAACUAUUGUCCUGCAUUAUUUUAUUGGGUCCAAAGAUGCGGCUGUUUGACCAACAGACUUCGAAGAUUACGUGCUUUUUGUCCGGGGCCUCAGGUAUACGAUCUCGGGAUUUUACGGUGGCUCGAAAGGGGUUGCCUAAAGGGGGUGGCUGGUUUAAGUUCUAACGAUUAACCCGUAUAAACGCAACGGAAUUUUAUUCUUUGUACAUUUCUAAUUUUUCCUAUAUUUUAUACAUAUUAAUUUCAAACAUGGAAAGUUAGGUGGUAACGCCGCUUAGUUCUCUGAAACAGUUUGCUGAGUAUCGUAGUUAUUGCGUAUUGAAUUCUCGUUACUUCUCUGACUGGCGACGUAUUUACCGAAUAAUGGCAAUAAUUGUAAUAAAUGUAAUGGAGGUAUACCAUUAUACCGUGUAGGCCCCGCAAACGAACCACCUUAACCAACGCCUUUUAUUGCUGCAAUAAUUGUUCAGCUGAAUUUACUGCCUGUCAAAGACUACUUCUCCAGACUGCAGACUAUACUAGAGUCUCUAAUACACAAGGCGACGAACAUUAUUACCAAAAUUACCAACUGAUCCCUUUCUAUUCAGCCCGUUGAGCGUAUCUCCGUGCGGGCAAACAAGAGUUCGGUAAACCCUUUAAAAUGACAAAGUCCAAGGGUUCCUUCCUUCGAACAUCGUCCUGUACCUGUAAUAAGAGAGGGCACCGUAAUAAUUGUCGUCUUUCAAAUCAAAUCGCUACUUUCCAUAGGAAUAUUUGGACCAGAUAAUUUAUUUCGCCGCAAACGUUGUCUGUAUACUACAGAUUUUGUGUAAUAAUUAUUACUUAAUUAUUAUUCAUCGAGGAAAGGUGCCUAAUACUUAUGAAAAUUGAUCAAUUUUCACGGCUGAUUUUAUAUUCGCCAUUAUUCUGAACGAGCUGACGCAAAAGCACGAGCAAGUACAUUAUCUAACGAAACAUUAAUGCUCGGUCAUCCAUCCAAUGACGGUGACCUUGCACCUUAUCGACGCUGACUAUCGUCGUAAUUUUCGCGAUUCGAAGCUAGUGCAAGAUUAUCUAUCUCUACGAAAAAAAUCCCCUUGUUUCUUUUUUCAUUUUCAACAUUGCCUUUGGUGAAUCGAUCCAUCGACCACGUAUCAGGGGUUCUCUUAUUAAAUCGUGACAUUUAUUUUCCUUCUAAAAGGGAGGAAGGGGAAUUGUAAUCGAAUUGUACUGCUCCAAAUUCUCUGACUCGUUUUCAAAUAUCCGAUCGGCUCGCGCGGCCACCCCCGUGGCCGUUUUACGUAAUUCCCGUUGCAUCGCACGGGGAACGGGUGCAUCGGUGCACCGUUGGACGACUCGCGGAUGCACGGGACCGAUCGAAAGGGGGAAGCGUAUCGGAUCCAGAGGAUCGCGCCUAUCCUCCCGCUUGGCCUGGCGAGGUGGGUGUUCGCGCGCGCCUGCGAUCACGUACACAUCGAACCGAACGGACCCGAAGGUGCACGGGCGCCCACGGGUGCGCGCGACCGCGACCGACGCUGUUACACGACGUUGGCAUAGGUACAGAUUGGCAUCGGGUGGGGAUAGAUAGAGCGGAGAGAAAGAGAAAGGCCGUCGCCCAAGUGCGGCGAGAGGGGAUGAUAGCAGCGUGGGAGGGGUGGCAACAGCAGGAGCCGAGAAAAACGAUCAGAAUCGAAAACAGAGACAACCGAAUGCAACGAGGAUCACCUGAAAUUUAGAGUAGGGAUCAACUAUUUUUCCCCCAAAUCAUUAAGCGUAACAUUUAUCAAACUCGACUCUUCUACCCGUGAACACAUACAGAGAAACCGGACAUACGCUUCUCCGGUAGAGAACACGUAGGAGCACGAUGCAGCCAGGCGGGAGAAGUUUUAGUCGAAUAGUGGGGAUGACCGCAAGAGACUCGCGAGAGAAAAAGAAGAUAGAGCGACGAAAGAGCGGUGAGGAUAGAAGGAAGGGAGAGUGGUACCUGGAGGAGAUCCACGGGAGUAGCCGAGCGCCACGGCAGAAGGGUGUACGACAGGAAAAAGGGGAAUUGGAAGCGGUGAAGAGGUUGAAGGGUAGCCUGGUAGUGGGAGAGGCACGGCACGGCACGCACCGUCGGUCUCUCCGGAGAGUCGAGAGAGAGGGAGGGAGAGAACAGGUAGGAGGGAUGAUGAGGCUCGGGCGCAGGCUGGAGAGAAAUUGUCAGAAGCACCGUGUCACUUGUCCGUGGUGAGUCGGCCCGUCGUGACCUCAGCUGGACCUGGCUUUUGCGUGUGCUUCCCCACCGCGUCGCAUCCUUCUUCUCUCUCGUGGGAGCCGCGGUAGAGGUGUCCAGCGACCCCUUCGAAUUCCCACCGGUCCUUUUACUCGUCCAUGAUCCUUCGUCGAGCGAGCACGCAUGGAUGCGACGCGUCGAACCAGUGCUCCAAUCGACACGGUGAUGGUGAUCGUUCCGAGGGAAGUGUAGCAAUAUAUAUCGAGCCACGGAGGCUGACCCUCGAAGGACUAAUCCCUUGGAAGGACUAAUAAUUUCAUUUAACUGUUUGUGCGACGUUCCGAUGCGAGUUUCGUAGAAAACAGUGAGAAAUCGAGAGAUUGACCGGUUCGCGAGUGAGAACCCCGAUGACGAAAGCUCGUGUUAAGUGCAGAAUCUAUGGAUGUUAAGUGCCGGGACCUAAUUAGCUACUCCAUGAGUGUACCACGACGCUGACGAGGGAAGCAUGGAUUGCUCGACGAAAGUUACCGUCAAGAGCGGAUCCGAUCAGGGACACGAGAGCGAAACGCAAGCCGAUGCUGCAUCGUCUCCGUCAAGCGUGGAGCUGCCAGAAAGCGCGCAUCCUUGUCCUGCCUGUCCCACGAUCCUGCCGAGUUGCAGGGAGCUGACGAACCAUCUUCGUGGCCACAAUUCGCCCCGCAGCACCGAUUGCAGCGGCGAAGAGGAUUAUUGCUGCGGAGUGUGCAACAAGGUGCUCAGCUCGGCUAGUUCCCUGGACAGGCACGUGUUGGUGCAUUCCGGGGAACGGCCGUUCAAGUGCAAAUACUGCGAAAUGGCGUUCACGACGAACGGUAACAUGAACAGACACCUGAGAACGGCGCACAGAGGCGCGUCGUUGAACAGCUGCACCGAUUCAGAGGGUAGCAGCGACUCGGAGAAGCCUACGAAGAGAAAGCACAUGGAGGAGUACAACAACAACGAGAUCACUAAGAGGAACUCGCCUGACAUCAUCGACAGAGAAGAGAGAUCGCCGAGUUUGGCCACUAAAAGAAAGUGCACCGACUAUCUGAGCGAUAACGAGAACCAGAAGAGGCACAAGAUCUUGAUGAACAAUUCAAGGACCGAGAUCAAGACGUCGCCAGACGAUAACCAGAACGUUUACAAUUGUCCUGUAUGUGGUAGACAGGACUUUGCCACCAGUGCACUCUUGGAGGCGCACCUCGAACGAAGUCACCCGGAAUUCCCCGCGAAAUGCGACUCCUGCAAUCUGUCGUUCAAGAACCAUCGGGUGCUGAACCUGCACCGGUUCAUGAUCCAUUUCGCGGAUCACUCGAUCGGAAAUACACCGAGGAAUCUGAGGAACUCGGUGGUAGGCUUCAACGAUCUGACUUUCGUGGAUUUCUCGUCGGACAAGUUCCCGGCGAUCGCCAGGGCGAUGUGCGAACAGUCACUGCACAGACCAGCCUCGGGAGAGGUGGCCAAGUUUCAAUGUUCCAAGUGUCUGCGAGCAUUCCCCUGUAGGUCUGCUCUAGAUGCCCACGAAAUCGAUUGCGGCACGACCAACUCUCACGCAAGGGUGACGGACGACAAUCAGUCCAGACGCGACAAUUUCUUCGCGGGCCUGGAUCUGCAGAACAAAGCCGCCCUGACGGAAGCGAAAGAAGGAAAGGAUCUCGCCGAUAUCCAGAGCAUCAUAUCCGUCACAUCCGGUCCUAUACUGCAAAACUUUCCUCGAUCCGACGCUAGUACUCCUGAGAAUAACAUCAAAUACACUCCCAGUCUGAAUUCGUCCGGCUCGUCUGGUGCGUUCUCGUCCGAAUACCACGAAGAGGAAGCUCAAGACGCGUUCGCGGCCGAGUUUAGGAAGAUGAAAUUGAAAGGGGAGUUUCCCUGCAGACUCUGCUCGGCGAUAUUUCCAAAUUUAAGGGCGCUGAAGGGCCACAACAGGGCGCACAUGGGUGUAGGACCUGGCAUGCCGUACCCCUGCAACAUGUGUCCCUACACCAGCACAGACAAAGCUACCUUAGUCAGACAUCUAAGGUCCCACAACGGUGACAGACCGUACGAGUGCUCCCUUUGCAAUUACGCUUUCACCACGAAGGCGAACUGCGAACGUCACGUGAGAAACAGACACGGUAAACUGACCAGAGAGGACAUCAAAAGCGUGCUGAUCUAUCAUCCGAACGAGGACUCGACGAACGAGAACGUGGAGAGGAGCUCUCCCAGGGUGAUGAAGGACAGCGACGCGAGGAAGAGUUUAGUUUAUCCCAACGAACGUCCCGAAUUCCAGCACCAGGUUCAGGUACACUAUCCUCCGACGCCCAUGGACGUCAGGGGUGAGAUCAGGAUAAUAGAGGAGGCGAAAUUGCACAACUCGGCGAUUUCGAUGCACAAUGUGGCAGCGAAUCAUUUUGAGAAGAGCGACGCGUUCUCGAGACCCAGCCAACCGAUCGAACUGACGCAACGGAAUCUCGAGGACACGAAAUCCACCCAGGAUACCAAGUCGGACUACUCGAAGCUGGACGAGGAUCUUGAGUCGAGGUCGUCGGAAGGCAGCGUGUCUCUAGUCAGUGAUACCAAAUCAGAUUCGCACCAAAGAAUACAAGCUAGUCCGAUGAACCUGAAGAAGGGUCUUAACGUGUCAGAGAACGCUGCCGGGGAGGAUGGUCCGUUGGAUCUCUCCAUGGACGUGCUAGACCUGAGCAAGAAGUCGAAGGACAAAGACGAGAACGAUUUCACCGCGUCGCACGAACAAUUUGGAAAGAAUCAAAAGGACUUGUACAACACCACUAGUCAGCUGCUGUUAACCGAGGCCCUAUUGAAAGCCGGACAAGGUACCUCUCAGGCAACUUCAUUGGAGGCUCUUUACGCGAACGCGAUUUACAGAAACUUCGGUACGUUCGGUGCUGGUGUCGGGGCAGGCAUUCUGCCACCGUACAUGUUCAAUCCUCACGUGUUCGGACAAGAUUUCUCGAUGAAGGAAAGGCUACAGAAGGAGUUGGUCAGAGGUCUGCAGCUGACCAGCGGAGGUACUUUGGUCGAGCCUUCGAUCGGUGCCGCGGGAUUCACAGCGUUUGCGCAGAGCAGAGAGUUAAACUCUCAUUCGGCAAGCGAACAGAACGAGUACGCGAAACUGAUCUCCGCGAAGAUGGCGAGCAAAGCUCUGUCGAAUCGCGACAAACCCGACAACAUAUCCUCUUCGAAUUCGGUGAAGAUGGUAAUCAAGAAUGGAGUGUUGAUGCCGAAACAAAAGCAAAGACGAUACAGAACCGAGAGACCGUUCACCUGCGAACACUGUUCCGCGAGAUUCACUCUAAGGAGCAACAUGGAGAGACAUAUUAAACAGCAACACCCGCAGCACUGGAGCCAGAGACCCAGAGGAGGCCACUCGACCAGGGGAAGGCCUCCAUCCAGUCACCCCACGUUGCUUCAGAAUCUCGGACAGCCCGCUGCUUCUCAGGCGACUCAGUCUUACACGAAAAUCCUGCCGAAAGUUGAACAACCAUCGAACUCGGACUUCGCGAAGCAUCCAAUUUCCGAUCAAGUGAAGUACGCGAUUCUGGCGCAGCAGUUGAAAGCCAACAAAAUGGAAGAGAACGAUUCCGAGGAGGAGCUCGUGAUCGACGAGGAUCCGCAAGAUAAAGACGGUCAAGAAUCUCAGGAUCAGAAGGAGAAGAGUUUGCUGAGAGGGCAUUUAGAGGGUGCAGAUACCUCGAAAGACACCGUGAUGAGGGACGAAGCUGAAGAAUCCACGAAAGACGCCUCGGAGAUCGGAAACGCCGAAUCGACGAACAACGAGAACAACGAUGCCGAAGAUGCCAAGGCGUCGGACUCUAUGUCGGAGAGACCCACUGAAAGUGAGAACUCGCAGGAUAAGACACAGAAUCGAGCGUUCAAGAUCGAAUCUACCGAUGACAAAAGUGAAAAGGCGGAAGAUGGUGUGACAGACCUUGCGAGCGUUUCUGAAUUAUUGGAUAACGCUUCUCAACAAUAUCAACAAUUCCAACCGCAAUAUCUGAGCGACGAAGAGGGAUUGGUAGCCUCCCAUAGCGACUGCAAUAAUUCCGGCAGCGACGACAAGUCGGACUCGGUGAACUCGUUGAAUUCCGUCAGCAUCUCGUCGAAGAAGAAGAAGAAAAAGAAGAAGAAGAAGAAGAAAUCCGCGUACUCGAUGGCACCGAAUCGCGUCAUCUGUCCAUACUGCGAACGACCUUUUCCCUGGACAUCGUCACUCAGGAGACACAUCCUCACGCACACGGGACAGAAGCCUUACCAGUGCAUGCACUGUUCCCUCUUGUUCACCACGAAAUCCAAUUGCGACCGUCAUUUGUUGAGAAAGCACAAGGCGAACCCGAACAAGGUACGUCGAGCCAGGAACUCUUCUUCUCCCGAUUCGCAGGCGGUCAUCAGCAACAACAACUCCUUCUCUAUGAGAAACGUGCCCGAGAGGCCGUACAAAUGCAACCAAUGCCCCAGCUCGACAUUCUCCACUCUGGGUAACUUGAAGAAGCAUCGUUCCACGAAACAUGCACGUAAAAUGAAGUCAAGGUCCGACACUCCUUCCAGCGAGCCCCAGAACAGCCCUCAGGAGUGCAGCAAGCAAAACAACGAGCAGACCGAUUACGACAGUCAAUCGUCCAGUGUAUCCGAAGGUAUGGAGACCUCUUCGGUGCCAGGACUUCCUAAAUCAACCUCGAACACUUCGCCGUCGACCAACGACACGUCAAGAUCGAGAAGACCCUCGCCGAGGUCAUCCCCAGGACCUAGCGACGUUCCCUUCAAGUGCCACUUGUGCGACUGUGGUUUCGCAGACCGACAGGAUUGCUUGGAACACAUCAAGGUGAAUCAUAAACGGUCGUACGAGAUGCUGGUGGCGAAAGGAGCUCUGGAUAUGGACAUAGACACCGUGGAGGAUCAGCAACAACCACCCCCGCAACAGCACACCAGCGACGGAGAGGAGAAGAGAGGACGUUUCCCGGAUUACAGUAACAGAAAGGUGGUCUGCGCUUUCUGCAUGAGGCGGUUCUGGUCCGCUGAGGAUCUCCGUCGUCACAUGAGGACGCACACAGGGGAGAGGCCGUUCUCUUGCGACAUUUGCUGCAGAAGGUUCACCCUGAAGCACAGCAUGCUGCGUCACCGGAAGAAGCACGAGUCCAUCGACUCGACGAUGUACGUUGGUACCAGCGGCGACGAGGAGAACUCGCCCACCCAACCGCCUACGAUCACGCCUCGAACUCAACAGCAUACGCCGGUGUUGAUCGGGGCCAAUGCGGGAAACUCUCAGAUUUCAGAUAGAAUCUCUUUAUCUAGUGUCGCUCCAGUUGCCAGCGGUGAUGCAACGCCCAGCGGACUGAUGAGAUUCAAUCCGUACAAGAAACUGACCACCCUGACCGGUAAACUGGCGAGCAUACCGCAAAAUGUAAAUCCAGACGCGACCGAGAGCACGGACAAUGACUUGAUUUCGAAUCUCCUUGGGAUACGAGACAAGAGCUUUAUUGACCGGGUACUACAAGCGUCCGCCGACGAUGCCGCCAAGCUGCUGGGAGUGAAACGCAGCCAGGAAUAAAGCUGCAUCUUAUUUUUCAAACAUUUCACAUUUGUGCCUUAGGUUCCUCUCCUCGUCGUCUAAACCAGUGAGUUGAUCUACAUAUGUGGAACAGAGGUAUAUCUGAAAGGAGUCAUAGUUAGGUGUGCGAUCUUGAUGAAUCUUCACGAUAGUUUAUUGCAGAAGUGUUGCAACAGUUCAUGGAUGAAUGUUCAAUGUAUCAGUAACGGUUGCUAUAGCAACUCUUUGUUAAACGAUUGCGCACAAAGAGUUGUUGUAACAACUUUCUACCGAAGCAUUGGGUGUACAUGAACAUUCAUUCGAUGAUGUCAACAACACAGUAUUGAUCUGAAUAGGUAAUUGAUGAAGUUGUUGAUGUUCUUGUGCUUUAUUUAUUUCAUAUUUAUGUCCAAUUCUGUUUUAAUUAAGAAUCUUUGAAAUUCGAUCGUUUCGAUCUUGUUCAAAAUUCUCUUAGUCUUGGAUAUUUCGUACUAAUCUCAGUGACACAACAAUUCAACAAUGAACUCGUAUCAAUAAUGUUCAAUAUCAUUUUCAUGAAGUUCAUCAGGUUCUUCGAACGAGCUGGGGGAGGAACGCGUUAUAUAUUGAUUACAAAAGCGCAGAGCCACGUUUGCUUUUCUCCAUUUUCACUGUGAGAAUGAUCGUAGUUAGGGUCACUGUUCGUUCUCUACGUCGAUUACGUGCCUACCUUUCUCGGUUUUUUUAUUUUCUUUUCCCACACCAAGCGCCAGAGCGUACUCGCGUGUACCUCUUUGUAUUUACAUAUGUACAUACAUGUAGCCUUGCCAAUACAAGGAUGAGCGAAGACAAAGGGAAAACUAGCAUGCGAAUGCGCCCGUCGAGAACGGGAGAGCGUCACCAGGUAUCAAGUAUUAGCAGCGUUUAUUCGAUCGACGAUGCUCUCCGUUGAUCGAUCGGACCGUACUGAAACCCAAAGAUACAUUUUACACAACGAAUUAAGUUAGCCAUAUAUAAUACGUACUUCUAUUUAUUGUUUGUCACGGUAAUUAGAGAAAAGAACUUUCCCGUCGAACUGUAUUUUUUUUUGUUUUUUUUCUUUGACGAGAAGGAAGUCUCGAAACGCGGAAUAAACUGAAAGGAUUGACGAGCGAUGUUAAGUUACCGACCGAGUUUUCAACAGCUCGAACGGUAAUCAGUUGCAUCUGUUCUUUCGGUAAGCGUCGUGCAAAAUCGAAGAAGCGAUCGAUAAAAUACGCAAGUAGAGCAAUAUAGGAAGAAAAAGUUUAUCAUGACUAUUAUAUAUAUAUAUAAAUAUAGAUAUAUGUAAUCAUCGAUUUUUAUUCCGUCGCGUAAAGAUUACUGUAUAUAGAUAGUCUAAUUGAACACUUUUGGUAGGUGUUAAUGAGUUUUCCGAACAAGGAGACGAUAUUUAAAAUGCAAUUAUACCAAAUAAAUCGGCUUUGAUUUAGCCGGGCGUCGAAAUCGACAUCGAUCACUCGAUCGAUCUCGCGCAACGCGAUUCGAACCGACGCGGUAAAAAAGAUUUAUAUCUCCUAAUCGUGAUACUUUCCUUUUCAAUUUCUUCUUCUUUACGGUUAUUGUUUUUCCUCGUUCACCGUAUGAUCUCUCUUGCAUCACACGAGCACACGAAUGAUUUAACAAAUGUAUUUCUUCUACCUUUCGUCUUUGUCUCUUUAAAAGAAAAUCUCUUUCUAUCCCAUUUCUAUUUGCGUCUCUCUCUCUCUCUCUCUCUUUUUAAGCUCACUGUAUUUAUUCUUUUAUAGAAAGAACGACUUGGGUGAGUCGACGUGCGCUCAUCGGGAAGUCGAGGAUAAUUUGCUCGGGGUGCUUUCCGUUUCACUUUUAAAGUGCCGUCGAUAGUAUUUGGGGUCUCUCCUCGAUGUUGCGUUAUGCAUUUCUUGUGCAUAACAUAUUUAUUGCGAAUAAAUUACGUGUGUAUACUUUAUCCCGUUGGAAUCGGUGACAACGAUGUCGAAUGACUUCGUUUAAUCGAUACAGACGAUUCGAUGCGCGACGAAAUCCGUUUCCACGAUUAAACGGGGUUGCUAGCGUUAACACCCCCUUUGUAAUAUUUAGGUUAGGAAAGUCAGAUAUAGUUAUACAUAUAUAUAAAGGCGGUUCAUCGUGUUUCUGUCGAAACUUGAACGUGUUCAAUGAAAAUUGUUGUUAAAUCCACGAAUGUCGUAAACCGUACGCGUGUAAAUAUAGAGUUAGCGAUUACGCUCGAAGUUUAAGGUAUCGAUAUCGAAAAUUUGUACAUGUCUCUUGUGUCAACGGUGUAUUUAUUAUAAAUACCGAAACUGACCGUAACUUUAGGAAAAUCAAAACGUAUAUAAUUAGCUUUGUUCUUUGUACAAUUAGACGGAAAACACCCCGUAGUGAUCAUUCGCUCUGAAUCGGUGUUUCUUUGCUGCGUGAAACUGGGUCGGAUCUAGAAACAUUUUUGAAUCUUUUCUUGCACAAUUUGAAAUUAAAUAAUCAAGUUCACGUAUAAAUUAAUUUUUCGAAGAUUUCAUCGUUCUGGAUCCGUCGCUGUAAUGAAGAUAUUUUUCAAACGGAUUUCAAGGUCCAUAAGAGGUAGUCGUACAUAUAUUAAGGGAACGUUUUCUUUCUCAUAAUUUUCUUCAACAGAAAGUUAGUUGUUAAUUUGGUCCGUAUACUACAAUAUUAAUAUCUUUGACUGUCUGGAUUAUUCCUUCCAGAUUCUUCGAAAGCGUUUAGUCAUGGAGUAUCGUAAUCAAUAAACCGUCGAAAUAAUCUUCAGCAUCUCAGAAAGAUGAAACGCUGUUUCAGAUCUUAUUCGAAUAUUUCCACGUCGAUGUGGCGCAAUGUGUCGGUUAAGUCUGCGUGAAAAAAAAAGCAUGGAACAUGUAAAUGAUAAAGAUCUAUUUAUUAAAGAGGCGAAAUAUGUUUGAA